CUAGAAAUGUGUGGAUCAAUUGUUCAUCUUAAUCGCGAAUGACAUAUAUUCCAGAUAGAUCUUGAUAAUUCACAAUCGCCCUAUAAAUUCCUUUGCUACCUAUCGUUUUCCCCAUAAUCAAAAAUAUAUUCUGAAAAAAAGAAACAAUCAUCACUGCAAAAUAUGGCUCUGAUUCCAAGCUUUUUCACCGGCCGCCGGAGCAACGUCUUCGACCCAUUCUCUCUGGAUCUCUGGGACCCCUUCGAGGGUUCCCCUUUUUCCGGCACGGUGGCCGGACAGUCCGCCUCCGCGCGCGAGACUUCGGCGGUGGCGAACACGCGCAUAGACUGGAGGGAGACGCCGGAGGCGCACGUGUUCAAGGCGGACCUGCCAGGGCUGAAGAAAGAGGAAGUGAAGGUGGAAGUGGAGGACGGCAGAGUGUUGCAGAUCAGCGGCGAGAGGAGCAGGGAGAACGAGGAGAAGACUGACACUUGGCACAGGGUGGAGAGGAGCAGCGGUAAGUUCCUCCGCCGCUUCAGGCUGCCGGAGAAUGCCAAGAUGGAACAAGUCAAGGCGACUAUGGAGAACGGGGUGCUGACCGUGGUGGUCCCCAAGGAGGAAGAGAAGAAGCCCGAGGUCAAGUCCAUCGACAUCUCCGGCUGAGUAUAUAUAUAUAUAUAUAUAUAUAUAUAUAUGUAAUGACUGGUUAUGCAUGUUAGUUUGUUCUUGUAAAGCUGUUUGUUUUGGUGGUUGUGCAAUUUAGCAUGUACAAAAAAUCAAUAAUGUAUGUGUGUGUUUUGAGUGUGUAAUACAAAAAUCACUAUUAGCUAA